AUUAAAAACUAAUUUGAUUACUUAGGGGCUGUUUGGCAACUUCUGAAUCAGUAAGCGCUGAACCAGUAAGAGGUCUGAACCAUUAAGUGCUGAACCAGUAAGAGGUCUGAACCAUUAAGAGCUAGUAUAUUGCUUAACUAUUCAGAGGCAAAUGUCUGAUCAAUUCAGAUAAGAGGUCUUAACCAUUCAGACUCUGUAUAAUACUUAACCAUUCAGAGGCAAAUCUCUUAACCAUUCAGACAUCUGAACCAUUAAGAGGCUGAAACAAACAGCCCCUUAGAAAAAUUAAACUUUUAGGUGUGAAUUGUACCUUGAGGAAGAGGAAUCGACAAACUGAUCAAGGCGGACAAGUGGGGAACGACGACCAGCAGACGAAUAGCAAGUGGCGGACGAACAACGAGAAGCGGUGCCAUCUUGUCGGUGGUUUCUGGCAUGCUGCUUUCCUGGUUUCUUCCUAUUCGGGAGACGCGUGUGUGGUGAGAGUGGUGAUUGAGUGGGUUACAUUCGGAUAUUUUGCGACGGACUGUUUGCGACGAAAACUUCCGUCGUAGAUGGCUAAAAUAAAAAACAUCGUAAAAGGACUUUGCGACGGAUUUAUCCAUCAAAAAAUUUUCGCGGGUCAUUAUCGCUACGCUAGGGUCUAAUAUCCAUGACCACAUUACGUUUUAGUCACAAACUUUUCAUUACUGUCACUGAUUUUCAAUAGAUUAUAUUUGUUACUCCCUCUGUCCCCCUGAGUGACGGGGGGAUGCAAUCAGAUUUCACUUAAGGUUUUCUUGGGUACUGUGGAGGGGAUAAGGUAGACCAACUUGAUAUCAAUGGCACUAAAGCCCAUAAACUCUAACUAAUCCACGCAUUUGUCCUAGUUGUCAUUCUCCUCAUUGAAGCGACCAGACAUUUUGUUUAGAGGGACAUGCUCUUGGACAAUUAUUUCCUAAGCCUGUGACUUGGACUGGCCAGAGUUAGGAGUUUGACCCAUAUGACUGAGCUGAGGCAUUCUGACUAUCACUCUCAAAAGACAUGAUGACUAUCUUACUUGGCAAAGUUAUAGAAGUAGAGGGACUUAAUUGGGAAGGGAGAGCUUAGGUAAGAAAAAAGACCGGUUGACAACAUCAACCUGGAUUAGGUGACGGGAUUGGGAGGAUGGAGAAUGGCCCCCCUGGGCGCCGACCUACUUGAGCCAAAGAGAAUAAGACACAUGCAUAGGGUGAUGAUGAGAGUGGUUGCAUUCUCUACACCUGUUACAUCCGAACCUCAGAAGGCAGCAUCUCCUUUGUACACUGCUUCAAAUCCUAAGAAAACAGAUGCCGUUUUACAGACUGGGGAUAAGGCAGUAACCUUGGGUGGGGUUGUAAGGGAAACUAUUAUUGAGACGAAUUCUCUAGAGUACAAGGCUUAUUUGGCUAGAUUCACGAGGCUCGCAAAGGAAUGCACGAAACCAAAGCUUAUAAACCUUGGAGAACUCUCUGGAAGAAGUAAAAAAGAGUCUGCUACUUGUGAAAAGGUUUUGAUAAACCAUAAUACUGAUGAAAAGGAUGCUUAUGCUAAUUCAAGAGAUGCAAGUCAGGAUUCAAACGCAGAAAUGGGUGAGGACUUUGUUCUAGGCCCAAACAUUCUAACCUGAAACAAAUUCAAGGCAUUGGA